ACUGCGAUCCGCCAAUAAAAACGAGUAAGAAGAAGAAGAAGAAGUUUGUUUUCAAGCUUGUUUUGAUAAUGCUGGAUUUUUUUAGCGGAGAUCUGGCAACCCUGGUAGUACCACAUCGUGCGAUUUUAAACAUGGCAGCUCCUGCCGGGUCGCGGUCCUCAACGCAUAAUACCGCGGGUAUGGAGGGCUUCCCGUUCCCCGUGGCUGGCAGACCGCCCGAGGAAAGCACGAGUAAGGAUCAGACCACUACCGGAGAGCCGAAAAAGAAACCGUGCCGAGCGUGUACGGAUUUUAAAUCAUGGAUGAAGUUGCAGAAACAGACGUCCUCCGCUUCAGUGCAGGAGAGCAGGGCGGUGGAGGAGGCUAGGCCUGUUGAAUGCCCUCUGGACAGAGAGGAACUGGGCAGGAGCUCAUGGUCUAUUCUUCACACUAUGGCUGCAUAUUAUCCAGACGCACCGACCACAGAACAACAGGGGGAGAUGACACAGUUCAUCAAUCUCUUCUCAAAGGUUUUCCCAUGUGAUGAAUGUGCAGAGGACCUGAGAUCAAGGUUGUCAUCAUUUAUUGUUGAGAUUGAAAACGAAUCAACCAGACGCUAGCAGUCGGCACAACCUCUCACAGUGGAUGUGUCGCCUCCAUAAUGACAUCAAC